CGAGGAGUUUUAUGUCCGAGUAAACUAGGAGUAAAUUGUAAAUGUCACGACUCACAAGUAGUAUGAAUAGAAGCGCCGCCUAAGAAUUUUGCUCAACAUACAUUCCGCCAUUCCUCCACAGUCCUCACAUCAUUCGCGAUUGACCACCUUCAUCCUUCACUGACGUCCGCAGCCGCGCCCCACCGAAACUGUCGCACAGUCGUAGCCAGCCCCAGCCACCAAACCAUGUCUCGAAUUCUUGUCAAGGAUUUGCCUAAAUAUGUCAACGAGGAUCGUUUAAAGGAGUUUUUCUCUCAAAAGGGUGAAGUUACUGAUGCCAAACUCAUGCGAACAAGAGAGGGCAAAAGCAGACAAUUUGCUUUUAUCGGAUACCGGACUGAGAAAGAAGCGGAAGAGGCUAUUAAGUAUUUGAACAAGUCAUUUCUAGAUACGUCUAGAAUUACAUGCGAGUUAGCUUGGAAAGUUGGGUCUACAAAUGUUCCUCGUCCUUGGAGUCAGUAUUCUAAAGAGAAGCAAGAGAAAAGGGCUGAGAAGAGCAAGAAGGUUUCUAGUGGCGAAGCUAAAUCUGAAAAGGAGCACUUAAACAAGACUAAUAGAAAUGAUGAUCCGAAACUUCAGGAGUUUUUUCAGGUGAUGCAGCCACGAAGCAAGUCAAAGUUGUGGGCGAAUGAUCUAGUAGUUCGUACUCUUGACCAAAAUGGCAAAGGUACUGAGGUGCUAGAUAAGUCGAAGCAAAAAGUUUCCAAAAAGUACCAUAAAGAUGAAAAUUCUGAAAGGCAGAUUGAUAUGAAUGAUGGAAAGGAUGUGAGCGUUAGAGAUUUGGCUCAAGAUGAAAUCGUCUCUGAUGUGGAUUAUUUUAAAAGUAGAGUAAAAAAACAAUGGUCAGAUUCGGAAAGUGAUGGUGAUGAGGAUGGGGUUGAUCUUAAUAUGAAUGAUGAAGAUAAUGCGUAUGCCUUUCAAGUUAACGGAGAUAAGGAGGAUGUUCAGGAGAAAAUGUCCUCUAAAGAACAAAAGUUUCCAGAAGUAGUUGAUUUUGAAGAAGCUGGUUGUGAAUUGACGAACUGUGUAAGUACAUCAUCUAAGCCAGAAGACAUUAAUGAAGUGCUUCAGAUUGGUCGUCUUUUUGUUCGCAAUCUGCCCUAUGGUGCAACUGAGGAUGAGCUGAUGGAGCUUUUCAGUAACUUUGGGAAUGUUUCGGAGGUUCAUCUUGUCAUUGAUAAAGAGACAAAGCGGUCUAAGGGUUAUGCUUAUGUUCUUUAUAAAGUUCCAGAACACGCUGUCAGGGCAUUAGAAGAGUUGGAUUAUUCAAUCUUUCAAGGAAGAUUGUUGCAUAUUUUACCAGCAAAAGGAAAGAAUCCUUUAAAAAGUCAAGAAACUCAUGUUAUUGAGGGGAAAGCCAAAACAUUUAAGGAGCAGAGGGUGGAAGAGAAAAAGGCAUUAGAAGCUUCCGGCAAUACUCAAGCUUGGAAUAGUUUGUUUAUGCGUUCUGACACUGUUGUAGAAAAUAUCGCUAGGAAAUUUGGAAUCAAUAAAAGCGAAUUUCUAGAUCGUGAAGCUGAUGAUCUUGCUGUACGCAUUGCUCUUGGAGAAACUCAAAUCAUUGCUGAGACUAAGAAGGCUUUGGCCAAUGCUGGCGUUAAUGUGGCUUCCUUGGAAGAACUUGCGUCUGGGAAUAGUGAAGGUGUAAAGAGAAGCAACCAUGUAUUACUUGUAAAGAACUUGCCCUACAGUUCAAUGGAGAGUGAACUCUCUAAUAUGUUUGGCAAGUUUGGUAGCAUUGACAAGAUUAUACUACCUCCAACAAAAACGUUGGCCUUGGUAAUCUUUCUUGAACCAGCUGGAGCUCGUGCAGCUAGCAAAGGCUUGUCGUACAAGCGAUACAAAGAUGCUCCACUGUACUUGGAAUGGGCGCCCAGUAACAUAUUGGAAAGAAACACUAACACCAUGAGUGAUGUGAUUGUUGGGGAACAUGAAGUCAAGAAAGUUUUACUCGAACAGCAAGUUGAAGGGACUGUAGAAGCUGAAAUAGAUCCUGAUCGAGUUGAGUCUCGGUCUCUUUAUGUGAAGAACCUAAACUUCAAGACAUCUGAUGAAAAUUUGUGGAAGCAUGUCAGUGAUAAUAUGAAAAAAGGAAAAGUUCUAAGUGUCAGAAUAAAAAAGCACGUAAAGAAUGGGAAGAAUGUUUCGAUGGGUUUUGGAUUUGUAGAAUUUGAUUCUGUUGAGACAGCAACAAAUGUUUGCAGGGAUUUGCAGGGAACUGUGUUGGAUGGGCAUGCCCUAAUGUUCCAACUUUGCCGUGCUAAUAAGGAUGAGAAAGUAUUGAAUAAAGGUGGAAAUGAUCAAAGCUCAACAAAAUUAAUAGUAAGAAAUGUAGCAUUUGAAGCAACAAAAAAGGAUCUCAGACAGUUAUUCAGUCCAUUCGGUCAGAUAAAAGUCUUGAGGCUUCCAAUGAGGUUCGGGAAACACCGAGGUUUUGCUUUUAUUGAAUUUGUCACCAAGCAAGAAGCACAAAAUGCUCUCAGUGCUCUUUCUAAUACGCAUUUAUAUGGCCGACAUCUGGUUCUUGAAAGGGCAAAAGAAGGUGAAACUCUGGAAGAACUAAGGGCUAGAACAGCUGCUCAGUUUGCUGACGAGGAGUCUCAGACGGCAUCUGGAAUAUCUAGGAAGAGAAAACGUACGAUAGCAGAAUGAUUCGUUUUUGGUUAGGAAACCUAAUAUUCUGAUUUUGAAAACAGAGAAAAAGAAUGUUCAAAAACAUUGACUUGAGAAUCGGGUGUUAUCUAUUACAAGUAUCACUUUUUCCGGCUAAGGUCAUGGGUGGGUACGACUGGCUGCACAAGAAAAGUGGUUGGCAUCGGUGAUCUCAUCGUCUGAGUCCCUAUGUAUGAAGGCGAGACCAGCUUCUAAGAACUUUUGAAGAUAUGUAGUAACUAGUAUGUCUUAAAGAAAAGAGUUAAUAUUAUUGCAAUCAAGAACCAUCUCCAUCCUAAUGAAUUGUAGGAAAAAGCCUUGUUGCUAUAUUGAUUUGGCAAGUUUGAGAAAAUUUUUGAUUAUAAGAGACUACUGAGUUGAUUUUAGUAAGCAAGUUGCUUUCUCUGUAUUUUUGAGAAUGCAUUAAGAAUUUGUUUUGUUUUGUUUUCAGUGAAAUGAGAUUGUGGCUUGGGGAAUAAUAUUAACAUCCUUUUUUUUUUUUUUUUUUAAUAUCGUCAUCUUUUU